UAUUGAAUAUACAUAUAUGGAAUAAGCAUACGUACAUACGUUUUGUUUACAUAAAAAAAAAAUGCCAAAAUUCUUUUUUUUUCACGAAAUAAAUCAGGAACGAAAAAAAUAUCAAAAAAUAUAAUAACUUGUCCAAAUUUGUUGAAUUUGUUGUAUAAAAAAUUUCUAAAAAAAGAGACUGGAUCCCAAAUCUAGAACGCCAACAUGCAUAGAAGUUUCCAACCCAAUUAUAUUAUGCAGUUAACCAUUGAAUAUGUUAUAUCAUUAUAUGCGACAUGUUUCCUUUGUAUGCACAUGUUUCAACAUAUGUUAAAAAAUUUUCUAAUCGCUUUCAUGAUUUUUCCUUUUACAAUUCAUUAUUCGUAAGAGUUGCAUAUCAGAUGAUUGUUCUAUCUGCAUUCUUUUUGGUGAGCUAGGCCCUGUAUAUUUAAGA